UCGGUAAAAUUUGUGAUGUUGAAAAGUAUUUAAUAUAGUAAAUACUGUCAAGAGUAAAGCAAAUUUUUUAUUUUGUAUUUUAUAAGAAUGUACUUUUAUAUUUGAUUGUUAAUGGACAUUUGUAUUUGAAUCAGCUGAUCAGUAACAAGAAUUGUCGUAAGAGGAGCAGUUUGAUACAUUAUAAAUGGACUUUGACCGUCAGAGGAGAGGACGAAUUACAAAUAAUGUGCUAUUUUCUGGCACACAACUUUGUUAAUAGUUAUAUUGAAAAGUAGUUGAAUUUUAUAAUUUAAAUUAUUUUUUUAUACUUAUAAAUAUAUUUUUAAAAAAAAAGUAAUAAAAAUGUCUGAAAACGUGAGCCCCGUGAAAUAUUUUUUGAGUGGAGGAUUUGGAGGAAUCUGUACAAUUGUAACAGGUCAUCCUCUUGAUACAAUAAAAGUUCGCCUGCAAACAAUGCCUAAACCAGGUUUAAAUGAAUCUCCCCUUUAUAAAGGAACUUUUGACUGUGCUAAAAAAACUAUUUCUAAGGAAGGAUUUCUAGGUUUAUAUAAAGGAAUGGCAGCACCACUUGUUGGAGUUGCUCCAAUUUUUGCGAUGAGUUUCUUAGGUUACGGAUUGGGAAAAAAAUUACAGCAAAAAACCCCUGAUGAAAAAUUAACACUUGUUCAAUUAUUCUACGCUGGGGCUUUUAGCGGUAUUUUUACGACUAUUAUCAUGGCACCUGGCGAAAGAAUUAAAUGUCUUUUACAAAUUCAACAUGGUGAAGCAAAACCAAAAUAUAGUGGUCCAAAUGAUGUAGUUAAACAAUUAUACAGAGAAGGAGGAAUUCGAAGUAUUUAUAAAGGAACCUGUGCCACUCUUUUAAGAGAUAUGCCUGCCUCAGGAAUGUAUUUCAUGACUUAUGAAGGACUUCAGAGGCUAAUGACACCAGAGGAUGGAAAACUCAGUUUAGUUUCAACGAUAAUCGCCGGUGGUUGCGCUGGUAUUGCCAAUUGGAUUAUUGGAAUGCCUCCCGAUGUUCUGAAGAGUCGAUUGCAAACAGCACCCGAGGGAACAUAUAAAAAAGGAAUUCGUGAAGUUUUUGUUAAAUUGAUGAAAGAAGAUGGAGCUCUCGCUCUCUACAGAGGAGUCGUUCCUGUAAUGUUGCGAGCAUUUCCGGCAAAUGCUGCGUGCUUCCUUGGCUUUGAAAUGGCCAUGAAAUUUUUAAAUUGGGCCACGCCUAAUUUAUAAAAAAAAUCCUGUAAAUAUACUAGUUUUUUUUUUUUUUUUUAAUCAUUUAAUUUAUUCUUGAAAGAACGGUUGUUUUUCUCUAUUAUCAAAAUUUCGACUAUUUAAAUUUUUUCAUUGUGCAAAUUUUUUUAAUUUUGUUUUUAAAUAAUUAAUUCAUUAAUAGAUGCUACUAAAUACAAUUGAUAUAUUUAAAAACAAAUUUUUAGAAAUUUUUUUUUUUUUUAAUUUAAAAUAGUCGACAGGUUUUUUUUUUGAAAAAAAAGGUGAAGGAUUAGUGUUGAAACAUUCCUUCGUCAGAAUAUAUUUUAAUUACCACUUUUUAAUAUACUAUAAAAUAUGUAAGUGAAUAUUGAAAAUUUAACGCAUAAAAAUUGCUACUGAAAGUAUUCGAAAGUAUAAAGUUUUGUAUUUAAAGUUUAUCAAUUGUUAAACAUUGGAGUAUACGAGCUUUGUAAUUGAAAUAUGUUUACAAUUAGAUAUAAUAUUAAAUCAAUUAAUUUUAUAUACAUAUCAACUAUACAGUUAUGGAAUUUUUUUUUUAAAUCGUGUCUUCAUUUUGAAUUGAAGACUUC